AUGCCUUCUGAUUUUUUUAUUUUGUUGCUCAUAUAUAUCCCUGUAGCAUUUUGCGGACAGUGCUACGCUGACGAAUACAGAGCAAAGCCAAGCAAAGUAUUGCCAGCCUUUUCAAGGAAAUUUGAUGAUAAUAGCAGAAGACUACUUGACAGAGAAGUGGACUUUGAGCCUAUUCGAAUAUAUGUUUACUAUGGUGAGCUCAAUACGACUUUAGAAGUCCAGAAUUUCAUUAAAAAUUACGUAGUUGAUGGGGCUAUCAAGUGGUUCCGGAAAGUUCUGCUCAUUAAUCCUAUAAUUGGUCGACUUAGUUUUCCUGGGUUUUUAGGUAAAGACUGUGAAGGCUUCAAAAUUCCGAGAGAGCAUACAACGUUUGGAGUGAACGCUGAUGUUAUCAUAUAUUUUACAGCUGGAAAUAGUAAUCGUGAGCUUGCAGGCUGAGCUAUUACAUGCCUUGCAGAAAAAGGAACUGGAUAUCCUUUAGCAGGGCGCUUGCACCUAGAAACUGGAGGAUUGCAAAAUGAAACUUUUGAGGAUGCGCUUUCCACAGUGAUACAUGAAAUGUCCCAUAUUUUGGCUUUUAGUACGAAUUUAAUGGAUUUAUGAGUUAAGCCAGAUGGGUCAAAAUAUCAAAAUGAUGAAAUUUUAUUAUGGGGCACUGAAAGAAACACAACAGUCGCAAAAUUAAAGUCGCCUAAUGUUUUAGCUAGAGGGAAAAGAUACUAUAACUGCUCAGAGUUAGACGGAAUAGAACUUGAAGUGUCACCAACCAACGGAACAUUAGGUUCUCAUUGAGAAAAAAGGACACUUAACGACGAUUAUAUGGUAUCAGACUUUGACAUCCACGAUAUCACCUACUCUGACAUCUCAUUAGCUGUAUUUGAAGAUUCAGGCUGGUAUAAGGUAAAUUACAGCAUCUUAAACAAACCUCACUGAGGUGCUGGCAAAGGCUGCAGAUUUCUUAAAGAAAAAUGCAUAAUAAAUGAACAGCCAAAUUUUAACGAAUUCUGCCAAAACACUACUUAUACUCAAUGCGAUUACAGACAUUUACGCAAAGGGACAUGCAACUUAAAACAGUUCAGCAAAGUUAUCCCACAAGCUUUUCAGUAUUUUUCAGACCCUUAUCUAGGAGGAGGGGAUCAAUAUAUUGACUAUUGUCCAGUUAUAAAGCCUGAUAAAAAAGGAAACUGCAGAGAAAUAGACCCUUAUAUAAAGUAUCAAAAUGAAACGUAUGGGGAGACUAUGUGUGAGAAUUGCAGAUGUUUGGAAGGAAAUUAUACGGCUCUGAAUAAGACGAUGAUAUGGCAUGCGAUGUGCCAUAAUGUGACUUGUACACAGAAUGCCGCAAUUAUACAUAUUAAAAAUUCUUCCGUCACUUGUAAUUUUACUGGGGGACAGGUGAAGGUGCCAGGCUUUCAAGGAUUUUUGCAGUGUCCAUCGUCUAAUAUUCUGUGCAGAGAUAUGCCUUGUCCUGACAAUUGUAGUGGAAGAGGAAAAUGCAUUCAUGGAGUUUGCAUGUGCGAUAAUGGGGAUAGAGGUGGCUCAUGUCCAGGAACUAGGAAAUCUAACACAUUUUACUUUAACACUACUAGUUCAAGCAUCAUCCCAAUACUAAAUUUUCUGCUAUUUGUGUUUAUUUUAUAG